AUGAUGCCUUUAUGCCAGAACAUAACUUCGAAAACUAUUGAAACGUCUCGAUCCAGGCACCAUUUCGACGAUGUAUUGCUCGAUCCUAGCUCCUGUACACCAUCAUCGCUGUCAUCUCCACCACUUUCAGCAUUAUUCCAGAUAACAACUUGUACCGCGUUGCUCGCUGAGUAUAACGCUGAUGUUGUCGGAUCGGGCGGUGUUCGGUGCGCUGAUGGUUGUGAAUGUACAUUCGAUAGCGAUCAGGUUGCAUGCGUCUGCGAAGUGCUUCAUCAGUCCGGUGACAUCGACCGCCUUGUAUGCUCUUAA